AUGUCCGACUACACUAUCUCCAGACCAUCCACCCCAGAUGUAUUCGCCGAAGCAGAGAUCGAUAACCAACAUGAUCUCACUAAUCCGUUUGAGAUGUUCGAGGUUUUCCCCAACAUCUUCAUCUCAUCUUGGCCACCCCACCUCCCCUCCAAUAUCACGCACUCUCUCAAUCUCACCACCAAGGACUCGGUCGCCAAAAACGCCGACGGCAAUAUCAACCACUGGCACGCUCCCCUCAAGUUCGAGGGGGACUUCUCCCAAAGCCUCCCCCUCAUCCUCCACGCCAUCAGCGAUGCCGUCCCUCGCAUCGAUCUCCGCCCCAAUCCUCCCCACUUCCCAAAACCAUCCUCAUCUACAGUGAGGACGGUCGGAACCGCGCCGCCGCCGCCCAGCUCGCCUACAUGUAACUACCUGGAGCAUGGAGAGAAGUUCGAUGAUGUGGAGAAGGAAAUCCUGCGGAGGCUGAUGUCGGGACUUGGUGCAGUGAUGCAGAAGGCGGAGGAAGAGGGUUGGAUGUACGAGGCGGAGAAGUAG